AUGUCAGAGACCCUCCAGUACUGGGCAUCUGUGUUUACCAUUCUCUCUGUCAUUUCCAAUCGGCAAACCCCCAAUCAUCGAGACCAUUUAUCUAUUCCUGAAUGCUUUGAUAUUCUCACUACUGUGGGGAAGUAUUCUAAUGCUCACAUGAGUGUGCCAAGCCUUCAGCUGGAGUUCAGGUAUGAUCCUAGCUGUAUGAUUGCAUUUUCCAGAAGGAUUGUUAGACAUGGGGUUCAUGAAGUGGAAGGGGAUUGGAUUGCUUGGGCAUGGUAUAUGAGGGAUUCUGUUCAUAUUUAUGCUGGGGUGCCCACAUGCAGAUGGGCU